AUGCUGGAGACAAAGGUAAGUUUCAUAUGCACGUUAAGGUUACAGAACACCUUUGAGUGUUAAUUUUGCCUAAAAUUUUUUUAUUGGUUUCAAUGAAAGCAUUAGACCAGUUCUACUAUCUGACCAAGUUUGAACGAAAAAUGUUGAAAACUCGCAGAGUUAUUUAAUAAAAUACAUUACGCUGCAAUAAGAAAAACAUUGAAAAUGUAAUAUUCAAAUUCAAUUUUCUCACAAAAAAUUUUACGGUAAUUACUGAUUUUCAAACGAGUUGUGCUCCUGCGGGUUUUAACCAAUUUUUCUCAAAUUUUCACAGGACAUAGCUAAAUACGUCAAUUUCAAAAUGGUGUUCGGCUUUUUUUUAAUUUUGGAUAUUUUAAAAAUAAAGAGCAAUUCACUCAAACAAUUCAGAAAUAUAUUGCAGUCGUCAAAGAAAUCGCCAUAUCAGCGGAACGACGAAAUAAAAUUUUUUAGAACAACUAUUUUACUGUAUAAAAAUGAUAUUUUCAUAAAUAUAACUUAAAACCAGCAGGAGCACAACUCAAAAGCGUAAAGGUGCCGCGAUUUAAGAUUUUCCUGAAUAAUUCAUACAUUAUUUUAUUGUUUGUUAAUUUUACAACUUUACCAUAUUUUGCAUACACUGGAGAACAUUUGGUGAAAAUUUUAUGAAAAUCGGACUGAUAUUGAGCGCGCAGUAGCGAUUUUCCGCAAAACGCCAAAAAGGGUGUCCUGUAACCUUAAAGACUCGAGCGCCUUGGUUGACUAUGCGCUCAUGCUAACAGUGAUCGGCCAUGUCACAGCCAUGUAGAACAGUGGUAGAACAGUGGUUGACCGUUGUAAAAAUGCUUGGAAUGUAUAAAACUAUGGAUAAUGUUGGGUCGGUUAAACAUUAGGGACCGUUCAUUUUUAUCUUGGGAGGGAGGGGGGGGGGGAGUGGCGGGGGAAAUUAGGGGUUUGGCAUCCAGGUAAAAAUAGCCUGACAAAGGCGAGGCGCGAAAAUCGAGGCUUUGACUGUGUAGAAAAUUAACAGUGUUUUGUUGAAAAUUUAUGAAAUGUCUGGACUACUUCAAUUCAAGUGAGUUGUGCCCUCCUCGUACCCAAUUUUUCCCAGUGGCCCAACCUCAAGCAAUAUUUGUUCUGAUAACCAACCCAUCCUAAAAAGCUGUAAAUACUGUACUGCAUGUAUGUUGCUUAGGAUGUAUCAGGAUAUAUUUAAACAGCAAUGGUAAGGUAUAGCUCAAUUGAUAGAACCCAAAUACAGUAGUAAUGCUGUUGGGUCAUGUGUACCUAGCUGGCAUGAUUAAAAUAUGUUCUUAAGAAAAGCAACUUGUUAAUAAACGUGUCUGCAUAAACGAAAUACACAAUACUGGCUGAUGUUGGAGGAUGUUCGAUCAAUUUUGGCUUUAUUCAAAAUUUUCAUGCAACACCGUCCAGCAUUACUGAACCAACAAUGUUGAAUGAUGUUCGGAAUGGUUUGAACGCGCCUUAACUAAUUUUGAAUGCUCCACCUUUAUGGCAAUGUGAAUUGGAGCAAUACAUUUGGUAAAUUUGUCACGGAAAUUGUCUGCUAUAUUGGACAUUGUCCACCACUGUAAAAAGAUCAUGGCCGGAUUUUGAAGGGAGAUUGAGGAGGUGGACACUUCCUCUGAGAUUUUUUGCACCACCCCUGAAAAGUCAUUCACCUCCCCUUGGUAAAGGUUGAAUGAUACUGUAGAUCAAAGUGAAAAUUUGGCAAAUUUGUAUGUAUUGCUUAGGGUCUAAGAAAGUUUUUCUGUAAAAUUGAAACAGUGAUAGCUAUUCAUCUCUGUGUAAAGUGGGUACUUGCAUGCAAUGUAUUGAAAGGAAUUUUGUAGUAAUUAAAUGAAGGGCGAAAUUAGAUGAGUUGUACAGUCAUAUUUCAUAAUCACAUUGAUACAGGUACGUUACAAUCCCUAACAUUCCAUGGGGCCGUGAGCUAGUUAACUGCACGUCCCCUAAUUUUUUUUGUCACCUCCCAAACCUUUCCACCAAAAUCCAGCCUUGAAAUAAAUAAGAGGUGUUUCUUUUGUAUUUUGUAGGACAAAGCUUUUCGUAAGAAGAUGUUGGUGGAAAUGGCUCCAAGAAGAUCUUCGGACAGGAUUGCCAUCAAGGCACAGCAGAAAGAAGAAGAAGACAAACAAGUUGAGAUCGAGAAACAACAGGAAAAAGAAAGACUGGCUGAAGAGAGGAAACAAGAAGCCGAGGCUAAGGAGAAAGAACGCGCGAUACUUGCUGAAAGACGCCAGCGAG